CUGAACCUUGUUUACUCAGAGAAACUUCAAACCGGACGCGUUUAGUCAGGGCGCAAGUCCGCCGCCAGUCCCACAGCCGCCCCGAGUGGCCUAGCCCAGUGCAGUGUGCACAAGGGCCGCUCCGCCCGGCCCGAGCAAAGUUUAAUACAAAGGGGAGGCGGCGGCCCGGCUGAGAAUGGGAUUGAGAAAGCCUCGACCGACCUCCGGCUGGAGGAGCUAACUUCCCAGAAGUCAUAGGAAAACGUUGUGCUUGUUGAGGACUGGCUAGUUUUGUGUUUAAGGAAAGUAAUCAAAAUGGGCAAAGGUGAUCCCAAGAAGCCGAGGGGGAAAAUGUCCUCAUAUGCCUUCUUCGUGCAAACCUGCCGGGAGGAACACAAGAAGAAGCAUCCAGAUGCUUCUGUGAACUUCUCAGAAUUUUCUAAAAAAUGCUCAGAAAGGUGGAAGACAAUGUCUGCUAAGGAGAAAGGAAAAUUUGAGGACAUGGCAAAAGCUGAUAAGGUUCGUUAUGAAAGAGAAAUGAAAACCUACGUACCACCUAAAGGAGAAACAAAAAAGAAGUUUAAGGAUCCCAAUGCGCCGAAGAGGCCUCCUUCGGCAUUUUUCUUAUUCUGUUCUGAGUAUCGUCCAAAAAUUAAAGGGGAGCAUCCCGGUCUUUCUAUUGGAGAUGUGGCAAAAAAAUUGGGAGAAAUGUGGAAUAAUACUGCUGCAGAUGACAAGCAACCUUAUGAAAAGAAGGCAGCUAAACUGAAGGAAAAAUAUGAAAAGGAUAUUGCUGCAUACCGGGCUAAAGGAAAGCCUGAUGUUGGGAAAAAGGGAGGAGUUGUCAAGGCUGAGAAGAGCAAGAAAAAGAAGGAGGAGGAGGAAGAUGAGGAAGAUGAAGAAGACGAGGAGGAGGAUGAAGAAGAUGAUGAGGAGGAUGAAGAAGAUGAUGAUGACGAUGAAUAAGUUGGUUCUAGAGCAGUUUUUUUUCUUGUCUAUAAAGCAUUUAACCCCCCUGUACACAACUCACUCCUUUUAAAGAAAAAAAAAUUGAAAUGUAAGGCUGUGUAAGAUUUGUUUUUAAACUGUACAGUGUCUUUUUUUGUAUAGUUAACACACUACCGAAUGUGUCUUUAGAUAGCCCUGUCCUUUAGUGGUAUUUUCAAUAGCCACUAACCUUGCCUGGUACAGUAUGGGGGUUGUAAAUUGGCAUGGAAAUUUAAAGCAGGUUCUUGUUGGUGCACAGCACAAAUUAGUUAUAUAUGGGGAUGUAGUUCAUUUUCAUCUUCAGUUGUCUUUGAUGCAGCAUAUGAAAUAAUUGUUGUUCUGUUAACUGAAUACCACUCUGUAAUUGCAAAAACAAAAAAAAAGUUGCAGCUGUUUUGUUGACAUUCUGAAUGCUUCUAAGUAAAUACAAUUUUUUUUAUUAGUAUUGUUGUCCUUUUCAUAGGUGCCCUUAAAUCAUAACUUUUCUUUUUGAGGGGAAGCUCGUCUUUGCUUUUGUAUGCCCAUUUGGGAUCACAUGAAUUAUUACAAUUUUCAUCAUCUUUUCAUAUAGUUAGCCGAUAAAAAGCUUUGAUCUACACACCCUGCGUAAUUGUGAUGGGGUAAUAAAAGUUGUAUAGAAACAAUUUUUCUUCCAUAACUGGAAAUCAAAAGUCACCAGUUAAUAAACUCAAAUUUCAUAUAGUACAGUAUUCUAUCCAAUUAGAACAUUUACCAAGUGGAGAAUAUAGAAAUUUGCAGUGUGGAAUUAUUUGAGUGAAACGUACUAAAAUUCUGUCCUUGAAGGACCAGUAGAAGGGUAUAUUCUAAUCUUUAUGUGGGGAAUAUACAUUCAUAAUUUCAUUACUAUGUAACUGAAGUUAUGUUUAUAAUUCCCGUCCUUCAGAAGAGCUGAGAAUGUACCCCAAAAGCGUGAGUUGAAAAUACAAGACUGCCACAUUAAUCUUUGGCAGCAGACUUACAGAAGGCUAAGUAGGCUUAUAUAGUAUGAAGAGCUGGCAGUGAAUGGCCCCUUGGGAAACUUGAGAUUCUAUAUGGUACCGUUAUAACUAUGUAAAUCUAGAUUUGAUUUGUCAGUCCAAAACAAAAUUCUAAUUGUCUCAUAAAGCGAGGCAUGAUCUUCCCAUUAAAGUUUAUAUUAAAAUUGUAAUAUUCGACCCUAUACAAAUAGACCUUGAUGGGAAAUAGACUUAAAAUUUGGCAUUAGGGUAAGAUGAAGCCUAAUGUCUGAUUUGAUCAAAUCUUUUUUCCCUUCCAAAGCUAACAGUGUAUUCAUUAAAACUGACCAUUUAUAUGUUUACCUGCUUACCAUUUGGGGGGACAAUUUGGCAAUUUUGUGGUUUUGAAAUUAUGGUUCUCUUAAGUGCCAGUGUUUUAAAAUAGCGUUCUUGUAAUUUUACACGCUUUUGUGAUGGAGUACUGUUUUGUUAUACAAUUUUGACUUUCAGAUUCUAAUUUCAGUUUUGCAUUUGUUUAUGUAUAAUUUCAGGAGGAAUACUGAACAUCUGAAUCCUGGAUGAUACUAAUAAACUAAUAAUUGCAGAGGUUUUAAAUAUUCAGUUAAACGGCUUUCACUUAAUAUCCUAAGAUUUUAUUAAAUAUAUUUUGAAUACUUUGUUUCAAAUAAGAUUUGCCACUGAAGAAUUGUUUUUAAAAAUAGAUGUAGUCAGGAUACAUAAAACGUUAAAAUCUCUGCCUUUAAAAAAAUUACAAUCAAAAUGUUCAGUACAAAAACUUUCAUUCUUCUGAACAUCAGAAUUGAUAAGUGAAAUUAUGUCCUUAAAUUAGGGGCAGCAGCACUGAUUUCCCCCUUCCCCAGCUUCAACACAUGGUCUUUAUAACUUUUCCUUCAAAGUCAUUGAUGUCGCUGGGGAUGUUUGACAUACUCUAAUAGCUUAAAUUUUUGUUUUGGUCAGUAGAUCAAAUAAUCACUGCACUUAUUUUAUGUGUUGUACCCCUGAGGCUGGCCAAGGUUUAUAAAAGAGGUAGAAUUUUUAUUAUGUUAGGUGUCUAGUGGGCUUCUUGGAGUACAAACAUGAAUUCAGAUUUUCCUUAAUUUUGUUUCUCAGCAUCUCUAAUCAAUACAUUUUAUCUGGUUUAAAAACGAA